GCCGCCGAAUCUCCGUCGGUAUGAGCGACCGCCGAUCGAGCCAUUCCGACGCGCCGGGCGUACGUCCUCCUCCUGGUGCCGUUUCCGGGUAGCGCGCGCGACCCUCUCGGCGUUCGUUCCGGAUCCAUGGCGGGCGCCCACGACAACCUGGGCUGCUGCGGUCUUCUCGAGUGUCUGUGCGGCCUCCUUCAGGUUUUCCUUGAUCCUCCGAGGUAUUCUCAGGUUGAGACCACGCGAUCGCCGUGUGAUGUGGCCACCAGCUCCGCCCCCUCAGUGGCCAGGGAGCGGCGCUAUGAUUAUCGGGUGCACGGCCUGUCCCCCUCCCCCGUUGCCCGAAGUUCGCCGGAUCUGCGCUCGAGGUAUUCUCAGGCCGCGACGUCGCGAGAUGUCUCGACCAGCAGCUCCGGCACCACAGUGGCGGCCAGGGGGCUGCGUUCUGAUGGUCGGGUGGGGAACCCGUCCCCCGUGGCCUGGAAUUCGCCCGAUCUGCGCUCGAGGUAUCCUCAGGCCGCCACCACGACGAGCUCGUCGUCGCGAGAUGUCUCCGGCAACCACUAUCCCACAGUGGCUAGGAACUCGACGGCGCAGCAGAACGGCAUGGCCGGUGGCAUCGAGGAUGAUGACGACGACGACGACUGCGUGAUAGUCGCAGAGAAAGGCGAGGUAGCAUGUAGGGACUUCCCUCACUCACGCCAUUUAUGUUCGAAUAUGCCCUUUGGCACUACCUCCCACAACAAGCAUUGUACCAUGUGCUACUGUUUCGUAUGUGACGCCCCAGCUCCCUGCAGUUAUUGGGGUAAAGGUCUUUCAGUUGACGAUCAUUGUCAUGCUACAGAUAAGGAAACCAAAUGGAAAACACUGAGGGAGGCAUUCAAACAACGGUCAAAUGGAAGUGGUAUAAGCAAUGGCCAGAGUGCUCAAAUUUCUCACCGACUAGCCCUAACUGCCAGUGCACUAAGGGCACACUCUGCGGCAGGAGCUGCAAGAGGUACAAGCAACGCACACACUGCUCAAAUUUCUCACCCAGUAGCGCCUACUGCCAGUGCACCAAGGGCACAGCCUGCGGCAGGAGCUGGAAGAGGUACAAGCAACGCUUACACUGCUCAAAUUUCUCGCCCACUAGCGCUACCUGGCAGUGUGCCAAGAGCAACCUCUGCAGCAAGAGUUCAAAGUGGUACAGGCAAUGGUCACAGUGCUCAAGUUACUCACCUAGUAGAGUCAACUGGUAGUGGAGCAAGGGCACACCCUGCGGCAGGAGCUGGAAGAGGUACAAGCAAUGCCCACACCGCUCAAAUUUCUCACCCAGUAACGCCAACUGUCAGUGCAGCAAGGGCACAACCUACGGGAGGUGCUGGAAGAGGUACCAGCAACGCUCGCACUGCUCUAGUUACUCACCCUGUAGAGGCAACUGUCAGUCCAGCAAGAUCAUACUCUUCAGUAAGAACUGGAACAGGUACAAGCAACACCCACACUUCUCAAAUUACUCCUGUAGAGCCAACCGUGGGUGCAACAAGAGCAUACUCUGCAGCAAUAUUUGGAAGAGGUACAAGCAACGCUACUACUUCUCAAACUACUCGCUCCGCCGAGCAAACUGUCAGUGCACCAAGAGUAUACCCUGGGGCAAGAGUUGGAAGAGAUUCAAGCAAUGCUCACUCUGCUCCAGAGGGGACCACAGUAUACGUCGGGAACCUACCCGUCCGCAUUGACAAUGAGACACUCAAGCUGACCUUCCAGCAUGCCGGUGUCGUUCUGUUCUCAAAGGUCAUUUACGACAGAGAAACGAGCCAGAGCCGUGGAUUUGCGUAUGUCACCAUGAAUACUGUUCAGGAGGCUGAGACGGUUGUGAGGAUGUACAAUGGCUCUAUGGUGUACGGCAGGCCUCUGACUGUAAAUAUCACAGCUCCUAGAGGCAGCCCCCGGGUGGACACUGCUCGUAGUCUAUCUGUUUCUCCAUUCAAAAUCUUCAUAUGCAAUCUACCGACGCAGGUGGACCGCCCUCGGUUGGAGGAGCUGUUCAGCAAGCAUGGCACAGUGGUUGAUGCUAGAGUCAUUUACGAGCGCCAAGGAGAGGACUGCUGUUCGAGGGGAUUUGGUUUUGUCACAAUGGCAACCGAGGAGGAAUCGAACAGCGCGAUACGUGGCCUCAACAAGCAGGUUCUGGAGGGACAUGCCCUGAAAGUGAAGGUUGCAAGGGACAUGUGGCCACAACAAGGCCGCCUCUCUCCUAGCAAUCAGACCCCUCUUCAGAAUUCCACCAGUCAAAACCAGAACACACAUACUUCGGUUAGAGCCUCACUGAGUGCAGCGCCAACUGCCAGUGCAACAACAGGUAGAAGUGGUACAAGCAAUGCCGACAUUGCUGAAGUUACUCACCGACUUGAGUUUUAAGGAAUGCUUGUUCCCUUCAGUUGGUGAUGAUUUGUAAGGAGAAGUGUCGGUUUGGGUAGGUGGUUUUAUCCUGGGAGAGUAGUAGUAGGCUUAAGUUUGGCAUUGGAGCCUCGUCCUUGUGGUGUAAAUAACUCUCUUAAUUGAUGAGAAUGGCAAAGCUUUUGCCAUUGUUUUGUAAAAAAAAAAAGUUGCCUCUGCACCAUCUCUAUACACUCACAC